ACGAUGAAUAUGCUUUUACUUUUUGUCCGCCGAUGAAUUCGUUAAAACGGAUGUUUGAUAUGGUCGGAAUUUUUUCGAACGAAUAAGUGCAACUAUAAAACUGUCAGACAGACAGUUAAAACUUUUUUCGUGCGUUAUUGUAUUCAAUGUCCGUUCCCUAGGGCUAUGAGGAGGAAUAAAAGAACAAAGUAUCAAAUGUAUAUUUUUCCUUGUUUGAGUCAUCAAUUUCUUUGAGCAAGCUUUGUCCCUUUUGACCUCACUCAGUAGGUUCGGUCCGCGACAUCGUUAUUUUAGAUAGGACGUUGUUAUUGUGUGAUUAUAUUGUUAGCGUUGUUAUUGUUGUCAUUGUGCAUUGGUAUCAAAACAAAAUUUGGGGAGAUCAGCUCUAAAGAUUUGACUCUGGGAAAACCCAGACUGCGCAAUGAGAAUUCUCCAUGUCGUGAUUCGCUUGUCAAUCAUAUUUUGAUUUUUUACGUGCCUUUCGUUGUUUGUCGUUGUCCAUGACAGUGUGACGCACAGUGCGGUAGAAAAUACCCGAGUUUGCGACAGGAAAUGCGGUAGGGCUGAAUGCAAAUUUGAAAGUUUGUACUAAUCGGGGAAAAAAUUGUGUUGUUAAAGAGAAAACAGGUUUUUCGACGUCUGCGUAGGUUUCCCAAAUGUAUUUCGCAAGUUGAAAUUAGUCAUCCUCGAAGUCAGGUGUCGUAUAAACCGGAAAAGGGGUUAUUUCCUAACUUCCGUACAACUCUUGAUGCAAGUCAAGAAAGCGUUGCUAUCCAGCGCUUGCUAGAAAAAUUCCGAGCACGUGUCUUCAAUAGAGUAUCCUUGUCACGAUAUUACUAUUCAAAAGAAGUGGUCACGGAUUUAUUUUUCGCGAGUGAAACUGACCCCGAUAGAAUUUAUAGGCAUAAUUGUCGUUUGCCUAGCCGAUGCGUAACAAUUUCGAGACAAGACAUACGAAAACCCUUUUAACCUAAAUCGCAUUGAGAUUGAUCGAUUCUGACUUUUAGACAUGUCCAACUGAGUACCAGGAUGCAUCGCUCGACAAGUACGAAACGGAAGCAGUUGCGCAGCACGCCAACUCGAUGAAAUGUAUUUUACUCGAAUACCUUUAAUCCAGAAAAUAGAAAGCACAAAAAACAACAUUCCUCGACUGCAGGGCCUUUCGUGAUUACCUUCCUGUUAUUGAAAGUUUGUCAAAGAUAAAGUUGAAUUGCCGCAACACGACUGUCCUACUGGAUAUCCGGAUCUAUCGGUCUAAUCAAUCGGCCUUGAAACAAAUAUCGUCAGGAAGUUCAUUCAAAGUCGCUUAUUAAAGUUCAGGCACUAGUGUACACCUCCCAAUGUAAAAUAGUUCUGACCAGUCUGAAAGGUUUCCUUGAAUCGUCCCAAUUUUGUCCGGGAUUGGUUUUAGGGGAAAACAGCUCGGGGCAUCAGCCUGUGUGUUUCGUCUAUUGUUUCACACAGUCGAGGUCCACAUUUAAAAUCAUGGAUGGCACGUAAGCAUGUCAAGGUUAACUGUGAAAUUCACCUUGGUUAUCCAAUCUUUAUGGAGACUUAGCUGGACUGAACCAAGAAGUGUAGACAUCUUAGCAACGCAUUUCUAGAGUAGCGAUAGGCCGGCAAUUGAUCAAGGUAAAGUAUAUGACGGAAGACCCCCGGAGCGCCUAUUCACACUAUUUCGUAUAGUAUUUCUCGAUGGACAUGUGUACACAUUUGGGUAUUGGAACGGAAGUCCAUUCUGUAGGCGUGCCCUUCGUUCGGCUUCUUUCGCCGAAAUGUGUCGUCGCAGUCAUGGACGUCAGUUUGUUGUAAAACAAAAGAGACGCGAACAAAACCGAAAGGAAACUACAAAGAGUUGGGGAAAUUUUUCUGGCGCGUCACAUCCUUGAAUACAGUAACGAGAUCCUUUGGUUUCUAUUGCUGAGAACUGGGCCACAUAUAAUAGACAGGUGUUGGAGGAAAAAUCAUCUAGAAUAGACAGACAAUCAAUAGGAACUUAUGCUGACGCAGUUGUGGAGAAGGAACUUUGAACGCACCGCAAGAUUUAGUUAUUAGAUGAACCCCCAUAACGAAAAUAACUACUGCUUUCGUCAUGAGGGCAACCUUGACGUCUGAUGAGUUAGUGUCUGCGCGUAAAUCUAAACCUACCUCUGUUCGUCAAAUGAUUAAAGCAUACCAGUUACUAGCGCUUUCCUCGAACAUAUCCUUUCAUUUCUUCAAUCAAUGAAGGAACAUGCCAACAAGAUUGAAAUUUUUUUAGACGAGUUAGCCACAGGCGUCGACUUUAUUUGAUUACAAUCUUGUGCGUUGGUGUGGAGACGGAUGCCGCAUCGAUUUCUAUUCUUCCCAGCUGAAUGCAAUACUACUCUUUCAACCGCUACUCGUCCAACAAGAAGAGCCGUCCUUCCGUCUUAUAUCGUUGCCCUCCAGCUAAACCUGUCGAUACGAUAACAAAUAAUCGAUAAAAUCAAUCGGAAAACAUAUAAACCCUAAUCCUUUUUUAUUCAGGUAUAUUUCAGUGUUAUUGCCUUAUUUAAUUCAAUCGGAUGGAAUUCUUAAUAACAAAGGAAAGUUGGGAAACGAUGUCUUAUUGGAAAAGCUCUUUGAUCCGCGCACGGCUGGGUCGAUCUUGAAGUGUCACCGUUAAAUUUAAGUUACUACUGACUAAUGUGGCGCUUGCGCCGUGACAAUCCUCACCCUUGACGACGUAGCAUCCUGUGCACCUUUCUUUCUGCGCAUCGACGUCAAUGCUUUCCUGAUCUACGGCCAGGAAGUCUCAAUCGAUAAACGGUGGUCGAGAUCGUCAUGCUGGCAUCGCUCCUCAGUCUUUUACCACCGUCUUUGGAAGGUGACUGACACGUUCCGCGCAGAACUUAGCCGUGAUUAAAAGUGUACGUGUUAUCCCUUGACGUUGUGUGUCCCAUUGCACCCACCUUGCCAUGUAAACCAUGUUUGGAAUUCCGCUAAAGAUUCGAGUACAGCAAUCUCAUCGGACGUAAGUUCGGUUUUUUUUACAAGGCCAGAUCCCAAUUUCGAAUAGCAUCAAAUAUGCAUCUGCAAUUCGCCGAUAGGAAUUUCAAGGCCGCCGCGCAACACUGGUCAACUAGUAAGCCCAUUCAAAAGGUUGGAUUUGAAUGUGCUGUACGCGCAUGAUUUUAUAUUACGUGUGCAAUAUGGUUUGCGGUGGUUACUAGACUCAUGUAACAAACAACAACCGCAAGACUUUUGUUAAAAUGAUACUAUGUUAAUUUCAAUGCUUCAAGGUUCUUUGACGGCUGGAAAUUUGUUGAAAGAAAAAAGUAGGCAAAUACUCGAGAAGUCCGCAAACCUGUCUACAAAUUCGCCUAAGUAAUUACGUGUAUGGGAAUGAUAAUAUCUUUUAGGGACCCGGAUUGUAUUCACCUUGUUCCAGUCAGCAGCAUAUAAUUGACGCGGUUAGCCAUCAUUACUGUACAUACAUAAAUAACCAAAAUUAAAGCAAUCGAAGGAGAGUGAGCGGGAAAUAGAGCCUUAGCCGCAGGCGGCAUUGGCUAUUUUAUUCUCUUAUUUUUAUUUUUUCCACGGCAAACGAAACUUCCUUCCCCCCGAAAGCACGUGACCACGUGAUCACGCCGAGAACGAACGCCCGCCCCACAUCAUUCUAUUUCUCCUAUCCAGCGCGAACCUUUUCUGUUUCGCUAUAUACAUUUAGUGAACUGGCUCGCGUAAUCUCGUUCAGUCAAGUUGCCAAAGUCCCCAACGACACAGACGACAUGUUGGCAAAAAGCGAAAGCCUUCUCUCCAACUACGGUGCCACUAAAGACAACGGCGACAAGCUGUUUUUGGAAACUCACUUGGACAAAUCAAUUGAGAAAUGCAGCAGUAAAAAUAGUUGCGACAUCGGCCGAAUGGAAAUGGGCCGAGCUGGAAGCGAUUCCGACGACGUGAAAUCGCCUGUCGAUGAGACGAUAGAAGCGGAAAUAGAUCCGUGGGCGCUCACGGAUUUGGUCGACACUUCGGAGAAAUGGUCAGAUCUGGACAAAAAAGCAAAAGCCAUGCGGAUUGUCAUUGGAGUGCUUAAGAUAGGAGCCCUGCUGAUUUUGCUUUUCUUCUUCGUCUGUUCCCUUGAUCUACUCUCUAGCGCCUUCCGGCUAGUAGGUGGACGAACCACAGGAGAAAUUUUCCAACAGAGCGAUCUGUUGCAAAAUCCAGUCGUCGGAGUCAUGAUCGGCAUAUUGACCACCGUCUUGGUUCAGAGUUCUUCCACGUCUUCUUCCAUUAUCGUCAGUAUGGUCUCGGCGAAUUUUCUCACGGUUCGAGUGGCAAUUCCAAUUGUCAUGGGCGCCAACAUCGGUACAUCAGUAACAAAUACCAUUGUUUCAUUGACCCAAAUGGGCGAUCGUAACGAAUUCCGCAGAGCGUUCGCCGCCGCCACCGUGCACGACAUGUUCAACUGGCUUUCGGUCAUCAUUCUCUUUCCUGUCGAGAUUAUAUCAAGGGCUGUAUUUGGAAUCGGUUUUCUGGAAAUCACGAGUGAAGCUGCAACGAAACAUAUUGGAUCCGGUGGUCCGGGAGGUGGCGAAGUCAAACUUCUGAACGCGCUAACCGAACCGUUAACGAAACUUGUCGUCCAGAUUGACAAAAGCGUGCUCGAAGGCUGGUCUAAAAAUGACUCGACGUACUUCAACUCUUCCCUAAUCAAGCAGUACUGCCCGGUUGUGGUCAACGGAAUCAAAAUCAGAGAACCUUGUUGUUUCGUCAUGAAGGACACUGGACUUACCGAUGCCGAAGUUGGCCUGAUCUUGCUCGUAGCCUCGUUGGUCGUCCUUUGCGGUUGCCUAGUCUGCAUUGUCAAAGUGCUCAACUCCAUGUUGAAAGGUCAAAUUGCUGGUGUGAUCAAACGUGUGCUCAAUGCCAACAUCCCUUACGUCCCGUGGAUUACCGGUUAUUUGGCCAUCACGAUUGGAGCUGUUAUGACUUUUUUAGUUCAGUCCAGCUCGGUUUUCACGUCGGCGUUGACACCGCUUGUCGGCGUGGGCGUCAUCUCACUGGAACGAGUCUACCCGCUAACCUUAGGAUCCAAUAUCGGCACAACGACUACCAGCGUGAUCGCCGCUCUUGCCGCCCCGCCUGAACAAUUGCGCUACACCUUGCAGAUAUCCCUGUGUCAUUUCAUUUUCAACGUGGCCGGAAUCUUGCUGUUUUACCCGGUUCCUUUCACUCGCUUCCCCAUUCCGAUGGCUAAAUUCCUGGGCGAAACGACGGCCAAGUAUCGAUGGUUCUCCAUCGGCUACUUGAUAAUGAUGUUCUUCUUCAUGCCCGGCGUCGUCCUGGCACUUUCUUUUGCCGGUACAAUUACCCUGGUCGUUGUUUUGGCUCCGAUUGUCAUACUGAUGACGGCCGUCGUGAUCAUCUCCAUUUUACAACGUAAAUGCCCGACUGUGUUACCGGUUGUCAUGCGAAACUGGAAGUUCCUCCCGAUUUAUAUGCGAUCCUUAGAACCUUUAGACAGACUAAUAUCGAGUUGUGUGUGUUGUAAAGGUAAGCAGUCAGAGAAAAACGAAACCCCAGACGGCCUUUCUAACCUAGCAUACGAGUAAUCAGUUGGGCCUGCAUGCCUUCGCCCAACGCUACUUACACACACACACACAUUUUGACUAGUUCAUAUGUUAUGAGCGGUACUUUUAGGCUGUUGUUGCUUUACGAAUCUCUUGCCUAACGUCAUUUUAACCGUCCGCUAACAAAAUUUAACUUUAUUCGGGUUGCGUUAGCGGUUGAUUCUGAAUUGAUUCGAGCAACCUUAUUCAUAAAACAAACAAACAAAUGAGAUUUAAAUAGGAUUGCCGCCUAUACCUUGAAACCGCACUUCCACAGCCUUCAUGUAUUUAAGUUAAUGUUAUUUCCACGCAUUUACUAUUGUGGACUAUUAUUCUAUCAAAGAAUGUCUAACGCGGAACAAUGCAAUUUGUAUUGGUAGGCCUAAUUAAAAGCGUUCUCAAUCCCACCGAGCGCACAAUUUUUUUACGGCUAUCGGGAUGGCUUUACAUCUGCGCAGAAUGGCGAAAUCGUCAGAUGUUGUUACACAUAAGAAACCAAAUAGAAUCUCUUACACGUCCUUUUGUUUACAUAUGCCCGCUCGUUUUUACAUAUUUAAAAAGGCAAUAUAUGCUGUUCGUUUUA